GCCCCCAGCGCUCAGGCGUCGAGCAGCAUUCCCCACCGCGCCCUCGUUGUCUGCGACGGUCGCCGGUCCUGAAAACGUUGUGCAGGCACCCCCCUCAUCGUCAACCAUACUGAGCCCGAAAUUUGCCUGAUAAACCAAGCGCGAUCUGUGACGGCAUGGACGCGGCCUCAGCAAGCACGAGCCGCGGUACCCACCAGACGCGCCCGACGCGCAUUCAACCCACCCGCACGCGUCGCGGCGUCGUCGGCUUCGGGAACAAUGAGAUAGACCAGCAGAUAUUGGACAACAUGGAGCGUCGAGGGGACGGCGAACCACACAUACCCCUCGGUACUGCCUUCUGCUUCACAACGGACGCGGACUUCGUCCCCCCUCCCGAUGCGUCGACGAGCACGGGCAUCAAGGUCAACUCGCUCGCCAACGAACGCUACUUUGAGCGACCGGAGGUCAUCAAGGCAUACCGCGAACAGCAAACCAUUCAGAUACCCGAGUUCGUGCGGAUAGACGAGCUACCAGAGGGAAGUAGCCGCUUUCGACCCCGCGCAGAUCUGGGCGACUUCGACUCGGACGCAGUGUAUGAGAAGCGACAUCGCAAGUACGAAAACUUCGAGAAACGCAUCCGCAUGCGCGAGAAGGAGAAGCUCAAGCACGAGCAGUACAAGCUCAAGGAGCGUCUUGAGCAGAUUCGGGGAAUGGAUCCGCAGGCCUUCCUCGCGCUCCCUCCGUCUGCAUUCACCCCAAUUCCGACGGAGUCGGCGGCAAGUGGUGGGGAAGAAGACGAGGAAGUCGCGAUCUACGCCAGCGUGCCCGGCGCUCCCGUCAGCGGCGCGAGUCUUCACGAGGGGCAGCGCCGUCGCGCAGAGGUCGUUGCUGCCGCGGAGGAGCUGGCAGAGCGUUAUCGCACUCUGCUUGCGCCCGAGAAGAAGAAACACGGCGUCAACAAGGACACACCGGAGACCCUCAGUGCUCGUCCGUCUAUUGCACGCACAGAGACUGACGUUCCGCGGACGCCUGUGCCGACUCAUCUUAAUUGGCCCAAAACCACGCCGUCUUCGGCCAACGUUAGACGCGCCAGUGUCGCCACGGAGGCAUCUGAGCCCAAUGAAGGCCCUUCUCGGAAACGGCGGAAGGUCGCACCGUCUGAGGUUGCACCUCCUUCGUCACCGGUUACAAUCGCUCGCACACCCUCCAUCAACGAUGGUGUCAGCACGUCACGACCAUCGAGUUCAAAUUUCUUGCAAUCGACCGACUUGUCGACAGUGUCUACGUCCGUACCACCUCCCCCAGCGUCCGCGGUCAUCCCCGCAUCCCCAUCCAAUCCUGCCCCGCCUGCAUCCACGUCGUCGACCACUUUCGCACCUACCCAAGCCCCACCGCCGACGCCCGUUCGGCCCGCACGUGCGAGAGACGAGGACGCAGCAGAAGGCAGUAGCGGUCGACCAGUGAAGAAGCAGCGAACGGAUGCCAACGGUCCCAAGCCGACAUCGCACAGAGAGGAUAGUCACCCUCCUAUCGCAGUCAUUUCAGCCGCUCCUGAACCAGCGAAGGAGGUCACCGAGCCUCCCAAGUCUGCUCGGCCUGCAUCGGGUCCUCGGCUUAUAUCCCAGAAGCUGCGCGACGAGAAAUCACUCAGUGGGCCUUCCGCCACAGCCAUAUCACCUGCAGCUACGCCCCAUGCUACCUCGACCACGAAUGGGAAAGCAUCAGCUCGUUCUGCGCACGCUGAGGCGCUCCCAUCCGCGGAUCUUCCAUCCGUAUCACGACCAACAACUCCCACCCCGGCGGACGUGCAACCAGGGCCUUCAUCCCUCGCUGACGACCGACCAUCUACCGACUUGCCGCCUGUCGAGUCGAUUUCAGCUGCACUACCAACCACUGGGCGUGGCAGAGGCCGCGGCCGCGGCCGCGGUAGUCGUGGCGGAGGGCGUGGUGGGCGACCCCAGCAACUCACCUCUGCUUCUGCUGUAGAUGGCCAGUCCGCGUCCGCCUCUGUACCUCCUGGCCCCUACCGCCCGCCCCCGACGUGCAAAAUUGCGAUGGCUGCCGGACGGCGCUCGCGCGGCGGGCGGCAGGUGACCGCGUUCGGGAGCAAGGUCGGCAGCACGGUGGAGGCGGACGUUGACUUCGACCUCCCGCCGUGGCUGUGGCCAAGCAAGGAAGAAGUCGACCAGCGUGUGCUUGAGGGGCAUCAAGGGCUGCGGGAGUGGUUUGAGGCAAAGGAGAGGGAGGAAGAGGAGGAACGAAAGAAGAGGGAGGAGCGGGAAAGGGAGGCGGAGGACGUCGGUAUCGACAUUGAGGACGACGACGAGGAUCAGGAGCCUGGGCAGGACGAUGAAGAACCCAUGCCCGUCAAGGAGCGGCAGCCAUCCAUACCGAGAUGGGAGCUCAAUCCGGAGGACGAAGGCGAGGACGAGGUGGACGAAAUGGAUGACGACGACGAUGCAGAGACGGUCCGCAUCCAGGCGAAGCCGGUGAAGAAGCGCCCCAGGAAAAACGCGAAGGCAUCCGCGGCGAAUGGGAAGGAUCAUCCGAAGACCACGAAAGCAUCUGGGGCGAGGACGGGCAAGCUGGCCGUGAAAGUGGGCAAGGGCAAGGGCAGGUCGAAGCCACUCCAAAAGCGUAUCAAAUUGAUGUUGACUGGUACGCGGUCGGAGCAGGAGGAGGAGGACGAACUCGAGUCGGAGGAGGAUAAGAAUCAUGAGAUAUCGCAUGAUUUCUCUUGACGAGGACCCUUUCCCUCAAUAUACUUGCUUUCCGUCACUAUUGCGAGGAGGGUGUGUAUAAGGUCUUUGCACAGGUACGAGUGAUUCCAUUGCACUGUGCUUCGGAAAGUAAGUACUUCACUCAAUGCUAGUUGCCACCGAUGCUGUAUGAGCCGAUUGAUUGAAGUGGGACAAUCGAUACCACAUAGAGUCGCGCUGUCUAUAGCUAUAUGAGAUGCAUGAGGAGGUGGU